UUUUUCGGUAUCUGCAGUUGUCUUACCGAUGAAGACUCGAUGACGGCGUCACUUAGCAAACACAGCUGCGUGUAAUCACGUCCGAUCAGUAUCUCUGUCCAAAACAAAGCUCGGUUUGAGCAACACUGGGAGGAUCCACUGGAGCUGCGGCUUAAAUGCGCUUUUGUCCGCGGUGCAGUCACAGAGGAGCUGUUGGAGCCAAGAUGCAGUAAUGUAAAACGGGCAGAGAAGAGAAAUGAUAAUGGGAAUCCUAGCCAACGCCGUGGCUGCUAUCGGCGGCCUCAUCACUGGGGUUAUGAACAGCUUUACUAAUAUUUUUCUCACAUCACCGCUGAAGGCCACUCUCAAAUAUUUGGAGGAGACUGAACUCAAAACUUUGAAAGGAGACAAAAGGAUCCUAAAAGCGAAAUCUCUGUGGGAGGGAUCCGGGGCUGUCAUCAUGGCAGUGCGGCGACCUGGAUGAUUUUUGUGCAGAGAGGAGGCUGCAGAGCUGUCCUCUCUGAAGCCCCAGCUGGAUGAGCUCGGGGUCCCUCUGUACGCUGUGGUGAAGGAGGAUGUCAGCACCGAGGUCCAGAACUUCAGACUGUACUUCAAGGGGGAGAUCUUCUUGGAUGAAAAGAGGCGUUUUUAUGGGCCCCGUGAGCGGAAGCUGGGUCUCAUGGCGUUCCUGCGUGUUGGCGUUUGGAUGAACGGCCUGCGGGCCUUUCAGAGGGGCUUCAUGGGAAAUGUUUUGGGAGAGGGCUUUGUCCUUGGUGGGGUCUUCGUCAUUGGACGAGGAAAGCAGGGAAUUCUUCUGGAGCACAGAGAGGUUGAAUUUGGAGAUAAAGUCAACAUUGAAGAUGUCAUCCGAGCUGUCAGAAGAAUAUCACAAGAACUUCUGCCUUUAGAGAUGAAAUAAUGCUUUGUAUUACACCUGAAGGAUAAGAAUCUCACAUCUGUAAAACAGAGAAAAAUGACAUUAGCUAUACAAAUGAUCAUGUAAAAGAUGUAAGUUUAUAGUGUAAGAAAAGAGGCUUUGUAAUGUUAGAUUUGUGAGUUUCUUGGUCUCUAGGAUAACCAGGAUGCAUUGGAGUAUGACUGUGUAGUAAAAGGCUCUGAGUGUGUUAAUGAUGGUCUGUCUUUAAACUCAAGAGAGGGAGCGGACCUGAUAUCUAACACUCAGUUUUCUGUAUUACUCUGUGAUACUGUUGUGUUAUCUUGGGAGCCAAGAAACCUUUGACCAAUAAAACACGGCUUUGUGCUCUACAGUU